UUUCUGCUCAAGGGCCACGUAAUAUUCGUUUACUUUCCCCUGUAUAUGAGGACAGAAAAUCGCAAACCUUAUUUCUGUACACAAGCUUCAUAACCCUAACUUGGAGGCUUUGUCUUCAGGUUCUUUCUGUUAGGGUCACAAUGGCGGAUUCUCCUGGAAAAAGGAAUUCACAGUCUCUUUCCCCUUGGAGAGAACAGUCAAGGUCUAGGUCAAGAUCCCAUUCCAGACCCAGAUCAAGGUCAAGGUCCAGAUCUACAUCCUUGUCCCGGCCAAGGUAUAGAUCGCGGUCCCGAAGUCGUGGCAGAUCACGAUCCAGAAGCCGUGGCAGGACUGAUACUGUAAAUCCUGGAAAUACAUUAUAUGUGACUGGUUUGUCUACAAGGGUCACACAAAGGGACCUAGAAGAACAUUUCUCCAAGGAGGGAAAGGUAGCAUCAUGUUUUCUUGUUGUGGAGCCUCGUACGCGCAUUUCUCGUGGUUUUGCUUUUGUUACAAUGGACAAUGUUGAUGAUGCGAACCGUUGCAUUAAGUAUCUCAAUCAAUCAGUUCUAGAGGGCAGAUAUAUAACAGUGGAGAAGUCACGGAGGAAACGGCCAAGAACUCCAACGCCGGGACACUAUCUGGGGCUGAAAAGCAAUAGAGACUAUGGUCAUCGCGGAGAUCGUGGUAGGUAUCGGGGCCGUGAUGAUUAUCGGAGGUCUCCCAGGCGCUCUCCUUAUCGUGGGGGUCGUGAUUAUUCUCCCAGGCACUCUCCUUAUCGUGGGGCGCGUGAUUAUUCUCCCAGGCACUCCCCCUAUGGUGGAAGGUCAAGGAGGGAGAGGUCCAGAUCACCCUACUCUCCUCCUUAUCGUAGCGCUAGGUGAGGCCAUAUGGCCAAUUGUUCCAUAUAUGGAAAUCAUGGAGAUGUAGUGUUGACUGCUUUUGGGCUUUUAGCAGAUGAUUUUGUUUUUUUGUAAGCCUGAAAUGACUAAUUGCUUGCGUGCCUUGAGGACAUUUGUAGUCGUGGUUAAACACUUACGAAAUUGUAUGGUCGUGCUACUGAAACUCUGGUUAAACAGUUAUGAAAUUGGUCGUGCUUGGGGUGGACUGGA